ACUCACAGCACAGCAGCCUGUCCGGACACAAGGACGCACCUCUCCUCUCCGGAAAAGCGCGCAGGGCUGAGCUCAAUCCGCCGGGGAGAGAGGGAUGAAGUCCCGGCAGGCAGCCCGGGAACAGACCACUGGGAGACUAUGACUGGAUGCAAUAUUUCUAAAGACAACUCUGGCUGUCAUUCAAGGCGUAACAAGGUUAUAGGGUCGGACUUCUGAGCGCAUUUCAACUGGGAGCGCAGACUAUCUGUUUUGGAUGAAUGUUUUGCGUCAGUUUCUCUCAUAGCAACCUCAUUAAGUUUUCAGUCAAGUUCAAAUCUAAAGACUGCUUCGGUCUCUUUACUUUCUGAGCUGCCACACAGUGACACAAAGAGGACACGUUGUCGAAACUUUUUUCUCUCAGAGUUGAGCCGGAGAUGGAGCCGGAGGAGGGGAAGAUCUCCGUGUGGGUCUGCCGGGAGGAGAAGCUGGUCUCCGGGCUGACGAAGCGAACCACCUGCGCCGACGUGGUCAAAGUCCUGUUGGAGGACCAGAACCUCCAGCAGGGCGCCUCGGCGGCGAUGCUGUCCGGCUCCCCGCAGUCCUACUGCGUGGUGGAGAAAUGGAGAGGCUUCGAGAGGAUUUUACCAAACAAGACCAAAAUCCUCCGGCUGUGGAGCGCCUGGGGGGACGAGCAAGAGAAUGUCCGCUUCGUCCUGGUGAAGAACGAGGCUUCGCUGCCCAACAACGGGCCCCGCAGCGCUGAGGCCCGGGUGGUCCAGAGCCGGGAGAGCGGCGGUCCGGGCGGGGUGCUCAAGGGCACCGCCAAGACGUGCUGGACCGCCGCGGCCGCUGCCGCUAACCUCUCCCAGGAGAAACAGAGGCGCAUAGUGAGGAAGGCUUUCAGGAAGUUGGAUAAGAUGAACAAAAAGAAAGAGCAGACUGUUUCUAAAGAUAAGGGCUCAGUGGAGAAGAUGGAGACGCUGGUUCACCUGGUGAUCUCCCAGGACCACACCAUCCGCCAGCAGAUCCAGAGGAUCAAGGAGCUGGACCGGGAGAUCGAGCGGUACGAGGCCAAAGUGCACUUCGACCGCAUCAAGAGACACGGGGUGAACUAUGUGCAGGACACAUACAUGGUGGACUCCUCGGAGGCUCCCGAUCCCGGGGACUGUAAGCGCAAGGCGGAGCGGCAGGACGCGCGGUGCACAGCGGAGGCGCUCGUGCAGUUCGAGGAGUACGCGCGCCGGUGUGAGGAGGUGGUGAGGCUGCAGGAGGAGCUGACGGAGCGCGAGGCGCUCGUGGAGAGCAUCACCGGAGAGAUCCAGGAGGAGCUCAACCGGCGAUGGAUGAAACGGCGGCGGGAGGAGAGAGGAGCGGAGGCGGCGAAGGACACAGACGGCGUCGCGGAGGAGAUGUGCCUGGCCGCGUCUGCCGCUCCAGAGGAACCAGAUGUGGAAAGUUUGUCUGAGAACGAGCUCACACUGGAGGAGGAGAGGAUCAAAACGCAGCUGGACACCAGUCUGUACAUCGGCCUGCGGCUCAAGACAGACCUGGAUGCCAUCAGGGGGGACUUGGACCUGAGUCUGGCACUCUGGGAGACCAAGGAAAGUGAACUUCUGGACCUACUGGCCAAAGUUGAGACCAUGGAGAUAGAGCAGGUGGACAACACCCUGACGGUGACUGAUGAGGGAGAGCAGGGGGCAGUGAGUGCUGAGGCUGAACCGACGCCAGCAGAGAAGAGCAGUGGCUGGGUGGAGCAGGCCAGAGGUCUUUCCAAGGCCUGCAAUACGAACGACGAGGACUCGGACACAGGCCUGAGCUCCAUGCACAGCCAGGACUCUGACAACCCGCCUGUGUGCGAGUCGCUGGUAUAGACUCACUUUGUUUGGAAGCAUGUUGGACUUUUAUGCAAUUCAAAGCCACAAACUCAGGGGCAGAGAAUCAGUGUUGGCAAUACUGGGAGAUGUUCUCCCCUACCCAAAAUGCACCUCAGUAUGGACACCGUAAUUCUAUAGCAAUAAUUUCUAUAUGUAGUUGCACAAUAAGCUAGGAGGGACAGCAUGCUUAGAGAGGGGUUCAUAGGCUGUGCUGCUCAAUAGUUGACCUUUAACCUCCCACGAGGAGAGUCAACAAAGUACCACUUAUUAAGAGAAGUAGCCUAGAGGAGUAUUAUGAUAAACCACUUAUAAUCUGUAGUCUUCAAUGAGAAACUAACUUUAAGGUAUACUUGAUCACAGGUUUACAAAGAGUUAAUAACAGCUUGCUUUUGUCAGGAUCCAGUCUAACUUUUUGCUGAAGCGACUGAAAGGUGAGGCUAAGUGUUGUUUCAGACACUGUAAGUAUGCCUAAUAGCCAAAAACAGACAGGUUUCCUUUAAAAGGUCAUCAUCAAGUGUACCUUAAUGCACAGUAAAGUACAGUUAGGUCAGCUACAAACAUGCUAUGAAAGCUCUUUCAAUCAAGCAAAAGCACGAUAAUGGUAGGUUCAGUUCACUUCAGCCUCUUCCAAAUAAGAUUGAAAAUGACUCUCCAGAACUACUUAGUGUUCAUGUUCUAUCAUUUUUUGGAACAAUGAAAACUGCAGACUUUGUGAAUUGGAGUUGAAACGCUGAUCCCUAUCCUGCCUGCUAAGCAGAGUAGAUCACUCGAUAUUGUCCUCAGUGUCAGUGUCCGUCUUUAAAGCACAAAAGGUCCUAUUUAUUUAACACUACGUUACAGCCGGGUCAUCCACUACACUCUGUCCUGCUUUGGUCAACUUUUCAUCGGUUGGAUUUGAACAGUUUUUUGUCAUUACGGCUCUUUUGAGGCUGUUUCAUUGCCGUUUAAAGCAGUGGUUCUCAACCUUGGCUUGGCUUUAGAACAAUAAAAAGUCUACACACGGCCCCUCAUGAAAGGUUAUGAGCUGUGAGCAAUUCAAGCAAGCGAAGUCAGUGAUUUUUCUGUUCACCUCAGACUGUUUAAUGUUAAUAAUUAUAGAAGCCUAGAGAGGCCAAAAAAGGAAAGACAAAUGUCCUGAAUAAUAAACAUAACUUUAUGGGGCGGACAUUUUUUUGGUUGUUCUUUCCCGUCUUGUUAAUCAUCUCUGCAUUUAUAUUUUGACCACUGUGGGGGGAACUCCCGAUUGAGAACCACUGGUUUAAAGCUGGUAAAAAGUCGGUUCACUGUUGUACCUUCCUGGUGAAACAGCCAUAAAGAGAUCGGGUCAGACCCAAAGCAAAUUCAUUUGGGGCAUUUGUUUAAAGGGUACUCCAGUGAUUUGGUAUUUCACUUCCAUAAAUGUGCAGCACUCACAAGAGGCCAAUUUCACAGGCUGAGUCGUACUCCUUAUGACGUGUAGACUGAACUAUGUGUGUACAAUUGGUGGAGUGGCCCUUUAAAUCUGGGUAUUGUUUAUUGUUCUGGCAUUAGUUUGGCUGUUCUGAUGCAGGUGACUUGUUUCCCUGAAAAGCAUCUUACUCAAUCAUAGGCGAUGUUAGCAGACAAAAAAAGCCCAAUUUCUAUAUCAAGGUUUAAGUCAAGGAAUUAUGUUAUUGUGUAACAAAAACAAACACACCAGGAAUACAAAUAUGAGCCUGCACAUUAAAUAUCUACAGUGUAGUAGACUUUGGUUCAGAUUAUAUGUUUCUUGUCUAAAUAACACAUUUUUACUAGCAAUCCAGGGAGUUCAGAAACAUGAAAUAACAAGUCUUGUUUUUGGCCUUCUCGGCUUUCCGUAUUUAUGUGGCUUGAUGACGCAGUUAUUGUCAUUUCCAUUGUAAAUAAGUGCAACAAAAAUGGUACACUUAUUUAGAAACACGCAAACCUUUACAGUAUUGCCAUGCCUGUACAUUUGAGUCCAUCUGUGAGUACAAACACCUGUAAGAUUGGAUUUUCAGAUGCUUUUGGGAGAAGUGACCCCAUUUAGUAAUCCCACGGUCCCUGCAUCUCUGAACGCUGUGACAUUAAGGGGAACUAUUUUAAGCCUCAGUUCACUUUUUACAUCCUGGAAAUAGUUGUUGCAGAGCAGUACUAGUUUUAUUUCCUGGUACGCUCUUCCAGGAACUGCAUAGAGAGUAACACAGAAGCUAGCAGAAUACAUUAUUAAGAGAUCCUUCAACUAAAUCACUCUGUAUGUUUGUCAGGCUGUUGUGAUGUCAAAUCUUACAUGUUUGACUUUGUCUAACUGUAAAAUGGUGAGAAUUAAUAACCUUGUAACAACUAGAAGAGACGGAUGAUACUGUUUCUAUGGAGUUAGCUGUUAGCUGUAUCCAAAUACCAAAAUGACCUGUGUGUAGCUAAUUUAUGUCGCUUGAUCAGGGACAGUUUGGGCUUCUCAGUCCAUGACAUUCAGCCCGCUUCGUCUAGAUAGAUGGCUCUAGACCGACAACUCUGAGGCUUCAGCAAGAGUUCUCAGAUGCACUGUGGCUGCAUCGCAACGCCAGUCAGCACAUUAUUACACAUGACUGUUAGUGUUGAAAUAAACAGCAAAACCUA